AUGGCCAUCCACUCCAUCUCAACAUCAUCCUCCGCCUCCGCCUCCUCGUCUUCCUCCCCUUCGCCCUCUCCAACAGCAACAUCCUCCCCUACUCUCUCUUCCCCUUCCACCACCACAACCACCCCAGCCUCGCACUGCUCCCCCUCUUCCAAGGAUAUCGCCUACAACGGUCUCUUCUCUCUGAACGACAACAACACCUUCAACAGCAACCACCACUCCAUCUUUGAGGACCACGACCCCGCCCUCCCCAGGGGUAUUAACAUCCUCAACAGACACAACUCCGUUUCUCACCAUGAUGGCACGUCCGACCCCUUCGGUCUCUCGGACUACUUCUCAUCGAGUGUCCCCAAAGCCAACCUCGCCUCCUCCAACUCUAUCCACAUCGGCUCCUUGAGCAACGGACUCAGCGGACUCAGUCUCGCUGCUCAGGGUCUUUCUAACACCAACAACAGCAACAAUUCUUCCACAGAAGAGAUCUCGACCAUCUUUGUCGUCGGAUUCCCCGAGGACAUGCACGAGCGAGAGUUCCAAAACAUGUUUGUCUUCACCCCUGGCUUCGAGGCCGCUACUCUCAAGAUCCCCCAGCGUGAGCAGCAGGAAGACGAUGCUCUGACCCUUGGCCUCAACGGAGUCAACCCUCGCAAGCAGAUUAUUGGCUUCGCAAAGUUUCGCUCUCAUCAGGAGGCUCAGCAGGCGAUUGCCGUGCUCAGUGGACGCAGGGUCGAUGCCGAGAAGGGCUCUCUCCUCAAGGCUGAGAUGGCGAAGAAGAACCUCCACACCCGCAGGGGUCUCUCCAACGAACUGGUCGCCACUCCCGGGCCCGGUCUGACCUCCACUUCAUCCUGGGCCGUUUCGGCUCCCAUUGGUUCCACAUCGAUCCACCCUGUCAACAUCGCCAAGAAGGUGCCCCACCCCCUUCAACACCGCAACAGUCUCGCUGGAUCUGCCGCCUAUGACGCCUUCCACUCCGUCCCCUGCAGCCCUGCCCUGCCCAGUGAUCUCCUCUCUCCCAAUGACUACGCCAGCAGCUACGAUUUCUACGCCGAUGUCUACGCCCCCAACAACCUCGCCAACCUUUCCUUUGCAGAAUCCUUUGGUGGUCGCCAUCAAGCCAUCAGUCAGCAACAGCAACAGCAGUCGUCUGAUAUUUCGUCCUCGUUCUUGGGCCGUCAGAAUGCGUUUGAUAUGAACAGAGUCGACCCCUUGUCCAUGGGAAGCUUCAGUAACAACAUUGGCGGAUUGGCCGGCUCCAUCUCAGGAUCAUUCUCCAAUUCGUUCAGCAACCGUCACGGAGGUCUUGCUGGAUCCCAGCGUCUUAACAAGGGCUUCUUGGACAUGGAUGAGGCUCCUACAUCGACCAUGGCCUUUCUCUCAAAGUCGAUCCCUGCCCAUACUGAGCGUGGAUUCAACAAUGCUCUCUUCAGCAACACCAACAGCAGCAACAAUGGCGACGACAUGAACGGCAACAGCCGAUUCCAGGGAAUGCCCAUCUCGACUGCUGCACCCAGCAUGCCCUCGCCCGCAAUGGCUUCUCCUGGAUUCCGCACUCCCGUCAACCCUGGCGACCAGAACCCUCCCUGCAACACCCUCUAUGUCGGUAACCUCCCCAUGAACACCUCGGAGGAUGAGCUUCGCACGUUGUUCUCGCGCUGUGUCGGAUACCGCCGCCUUUGCUUCCGCACAAAGUCGAACGGACCCAUGUGCUUCGUCGAAUUUGAGAAUGUCGAGUGCGCCACUCAGGCUUUGAGUGACUUGUACGGCAACCCUUUGAGCAACUCUGUCAAGGGUGGCAUCCGUCUGAGCUUCUCCAAGAACCCUCUUGGUGUCCGCAACUCCAGCAUCAACCAGUCCAGCGGUCUUGCCAACCAGCUCCACAACAUGAACGGCAUGAGCAACGGAUCUGCCUCUUACCUGGAUCGCCGCGACAGCAUGACCGCCAUGUUCGAGCAGCACUACUAA